UUUGAAAACUAGUUUCAAUGUUGUACACACCCAACUAGAAACACAAACGUCAUUGCUUUGAGCCUUGGCUGAUCUAAACAAUGAAGUUUCUUCUCCCGCUCCUCUUCCUAUUGGCCCUCAUUCAAGUAAAGGCUCAAAAUCGGACCUUCACCAUCGAUUAUGACAACGACACAUUCCUCAAGGAUGGCAAGCCUUUUCGCUACAUAUCUGGAUCCGUUCAUUACUUCAGAAUCCCAAGAGAUCUCUGGCAUGACCGUCUCCAAAAAAUUAGGGCGGCUGGAUUCAACUCCAUUCAGUUUGUCGUUCAAUGGAACCUUCACGAACCGCAACCGGGUCAGUACAACUUUGAAGGCCGUUUUGAUGUAGAAGCUUUCAUUCGAAUGGCAGGAGAUCUUGGCUUAUAUGUGAUCCUCCGACCUGGACCUUACAUUUGUGCGGAAAGAAAUGGCGGCGGAUUGCCCUUCUGGUUAUACAAACUUCAUCCGGAUAUCAAGCUCCGUUCCAGUGAUCCCAAUUUCCUGAACUACGUCGAUAAAUGGUGGGACGUGCUCAUGGUCAAGAUGAAACCUCUCCUGUAUAAGAACGGUGGUCCAAUAAUUAUGUCCCAAUUGGAGAAUGAAUAUGGAUCAUAUGGCUUGCAGACAGGAUAUUGCGAUGUUGAGUAUCUGGCCCAUCUAAGGGACAAAUCUUGGGAACACUUUGGAACCGACACGCUCCUUUACACCACGGAUGGAGAUUCAAUUGACUACGUCAGAUGUGGACGAGUUCAAGGAGCUUAUGCCACUGUGGAUUUUGGAAUGGGAAGAAAUGUGACCGACUCAUUUCACGUCCAAAGGCUAUUCGAGCCCCAAGGGCCUUUGGUCAAUUCCGAGUACUACCCUGGAUGGCUAGACUACUGGAAUCAACCCCACCAAAUGGCAGAUUUCAACAUGUCCGUCAAAUCUUUCGAAGACAUCCUUGAGACCGGGGCCAAUGUUAAUGUCUAUAUGGCUCAUGGUGGAACAUCAUUUGCUUUCGAGAAUGGAGCCAAUAACCCUCCAUUCCAAGUGGAGCCGACCUCUUACGAUUACGAUGCCUUAAUUUCGGAACCCGGGGACUUGACAGAUAAGUAUUUCGCUUUUAAAAGCGUGAUUGCAAAGUACUUGCCCAUUCCGUCAAUUGAAGUAAACGAAACAACUCCAAAGGCCAAUUACGGUCGAGUGCCCUUGAACUACGUAACCUCGAUUUUCCAAGGCCCAAUGAAAUUCGCUCAAAACAACACCAACCCUAUGACCUUUGAGGACUUGAAUCAAGAGGCUGGUUAUGUCUUCUACGAAACUGCCAUUACAGAAAUGUUCACGGACCCAGCGGAGUUGCAAGUUAACGACCUUCACGAUCGGGCAAACAUCUACGUUAACCAAGAAUUCGUGGGCAUUUUGAGCCGAGGCGAAGAUUGUCUAACGUUUCCGAUCUCUGUGAGAAAAGGCGAUCGUCUGCAACUAUUGGUUGAAAAUCAAGGUCGAAUUGGUUAUGGAGCCUAUGCCAAGGACUUCAAAGGCAUCACAUCAAAUGUCACCCUCGCUGGCCAUGCUUUGCAGGAUUGGUCCAUGUUCACCAUGCCCUUGGACGAUGGUCCUACUCUUGACAACCAACUGAAACGGCUCCAAGCUCUUCAGAAAACCGAUCCCAAAUUUGCUCAAGACACUUUGACGUCAUUCAAGGAGGCUGUUAAUAAUGGCCAAGGAGGCUUUUGGAGAGGAACUUUUAAAAUUCCCUGUUCAGAGACCAUUGCCAACGAAACCUUCUUGAAUUUGCCAGGAUGGAGUAAAGGCGUGGCCUUUUUGAAUGGUUUUAACCUCGGCCGUUAUUGGCCUAUUGUGGGACCACAAAUAACACUUUACGUUCCAUCAGUCCUAUUGAAACCGGCUUGUCAAGAGAAUUCGUUGGUCAUCUUUGAGCAACAAAAACCAGGCUGUGAUACUCAAAAUGGUUGUUGGGUGGAAUUGGUAGACACACCCAAUAUCAAUGGCCCAACACCUUUGAAACCGCAAGAAACUAUUACAUACGAAAAGUACUCUCGAUCUUACAAUGAACUGUGAAAAUAAUACUUGUUUGAACAAAUA